AUGGUCGAAGAGACUUUCAAAAACUUAGUUGCAAAGACAUUUGGUCCCUCCACACAACUCACCGAUGAUGAGUACCAAAAAUUGAGCUCACUCACUCAAAUAUUCAAUAUUGACCUUGACGACCUCUUUUUAGAGUGGGAGUCGUACAACGUGGCCGAGGUGCAACAAGAUUUGGAAUUGAAUAUGGCCACAUUGAUUCAAUUUCAUGAAUACUUGCAGAAAAAAUUGGCCAAUAACAAAUUGACUCCCAAAAGCGCCCAUGUCAUCAAAGACGGCUCCGCCAGAAAGCCAUUGUCGAAAAGAGCAUCCAACAAUAACAACAGUCCUGCUACUCCCCACGCAAAGAAAAGAAAGUUUGAUCUGUCGGAGCCAGACUUGUCUUCACCAGCUAAUUUUCACAGUGACAAUAAUACCAUUGCAACGUCGCCUAUCAAGCCAUCCACCGUAUCGCAUACACUUUUGGAAACAUUGAAUGCAGAAGUUGACGCCGACAAUAACUUAAGCAAAGAGAGUACUAACAAUCCUAUCAAAUUGACUGCAAAUUUUGACCCUUCCAAAUUUAAAUUUCGCACCAUGCAAAUGAAACUUCUUGAGAGUGCCGAUGUACUUGACGAUCAAAUCGAUAGCGUGGCUCGUUUGUACCAAGAGAGUAAUAAAUCGCAUCAACAAUUUGGAAACCCUUGUUUGAGCUCACAAUUUGAUAUCUUGUGCUGUGGAAGGAUAGUGCCAGAUUCGCCCACUUAUGAUAACGAGGCAUUGAAUAGCAACUCAUUGUUUUUGGAAACUUCGAGAAUUUCAGGUAUUGGUCAACGAGUGCCGCUCGAGUUGAGUAAACUACCCGGUUACUCGUUCUUUCCUGGUCAGGUUGUUGUAUUGAAGGGAAGAAACCCCACCGGGAAGCAUUUCGUUGUAGAUGAGGUCAUGGCCUUGCCCCAAUUGGGAACUCCAGUGACCAGUAGGUCAGAACUACAAGAGUUCAACGUAUUGCAAGAUGGACACGGUGUGAAAGUUCUCGUUGCGUCCGGUCCUUUUUCUAAUCUGAACAGGCUCCAAUACUCGAAAUUGGAAAGCUUAGUGGAUAAAAUAAACAAUGAAAUACUUCCAAAUGUGGUUAUCUUGAAUGGUCCAUUUCUUGAUUUGACGAAUAAAGAAGUCGAGGAAGGUAGGUUUAACUUUCCAAAAGAUCAAAACCCAAAGAACCUCGAUGAUGUCUUUAGGUUGUUGAUUACUCCAAUUUUGAAAAAAAUUGACUCCAAGAUCCAAGUUGUCCUAUUCCCCUCUUUGAGAGAUAGUUGUGUGAACCAUUGUUCCUACCCACAAGAUUCAUUUGAUAGAAAGAGGUUUCAGUUACCAAAAAACGUCAAAGUUUUCCCCAAUCCAUCAAGUUUUGCCAUCAAUGAAGUUCUUAUUGGUUCUUCAAAUCUUGAUCUUUUCAAAGACUUGAAGGAGGUGUUUAAGCAAGAUGAGAGGCUUUCGAGAAACAGAUUUGAUAGAAUUAUUGAUCACUUACUCGAACAAAGGCGAUACUACCCUGUCAUGCCUGGUUCAAUUUCGAGAGUCAAAGAGCAGGACUUGUCGCAGCUUAGAAAUGGUGCGGCAGGAGAAGAUUUGAAUGGGGUUAGCGUUGGUGGAUCUUCUUUAGAAGCACCCUAUUUGGGCCUUACUGAAUUGGGGGACUCGCUACCAGAUGUUUUGAUACUACCAUCCGAGCUCAAAGUGUUUGCAAAAGUGGUCAAUGGAGUUGUAGUGAUCAACCCCGGUCUGUUUGUUCGUCCAAGCAAGUCUAUGGGUAGUGAAGAUGGAACGUAUGCAGUGUUGAGAAUAGCUGCACCACAAGUUGAUGCUGAAGACGGGUCUAAUCACGCUAAUGAACACGGUAGCAUCAACUUAUUCAUGUCAAAGAGAUUCACAACGUGUAAUUUGCGGAUAGGUCUCGGUGCACGGACUCAUGCUUCUCUAAGAUAUCUACAUCUGACUUUCCGUAAAUUGCAACUCAUCGAGGACGCGAAACUUCCUAUUGCAACUGAUGAUUAUUUGACAACACUUGUGCCGAAGAAGCUCCAUCCUGGACUAGAAACUAUUCUAGCCAAUGCUAAUAGACCCAUUCAGCUCCGUGAUUAUCAAGAAGAUGCCGUGCAAGCCGUGCUAAACAAACUAGCUAGUGGCGUGAAGAAACCGGCUGUGGUGAUUGCAACUGGAGGUGGGAAAACGGUGGUAUUUUCCCAUUUAAUACCGUACUUGAAGCCACUCUCCAAAGAGCGCGGAAACAAGGUACUCAUACUUGCGCACACAGAAGAGUUGAUUGACCAAGCAGCUAGAAGUAUACGGUUAAUGAACCCAGGAUUGAAAGUGGAUGUGGAAAUGCGGAAAUUGAAAGCAUCUCCUGAAGCUGAAGUCGUUGUUGCUUCAGUUCCGUCGUUGGUGAAUAGAAGAAGAUUUGAAAAGUUUGAACCAAUUGAGUUCAAGAGUAUCAUCAUAGAUGAAUGCCAUCACGCACCAGCAAUCACAUAUCGAAAAGUCUUGAACCAUUUCCAUGCCUUGGAUCUGGAUCUGACAAUAAGUGUAAUUGGUUUCACUGCAACUUUAAUGAGACAUGAUAAGCAGUCCUUGGGACAUAUUUUUGAUGAAAUUGUAUACGAAAGGUCACUAAAAAGCAUGAUCAAAAGUAAGGAACUCGCUGAUGCCAAAAUCAGUGAAGUUAAGGUGGAGUUGAACCUAGAUAAAGUGAAGACGGUCAGGAAUGAGUAUGACCCAGCAAGUUUAUACACCGCUAUGAAAGAAAUUGACUUCAAUGAAAAGAUUGUUUUGGCUUACCUACGUCUUAAAAAGGAAGUGGACUGCAAGAGCACAUUAAUUUUUUGUGUUGGAGUUGAACAUUGCUAUGAAGUUUGUGCUUUGUUUCAAAGCCAUGGCAUCAAUGCGCAGUACGUGACAGGUGAAACUUCCAAAGUUGAGAGAGCAGUCAUAAUUGAAGAUUUCAAACGGGGAUUGAUUCCAGUGUUGUGCAACGUUCAGGUUUUCACUGAGGGAACUGAUAUGCCAAACAUUGACUCGCUUAUCCUAGCGCGACCAACCAUGUCAAAGUCUUUGAUGAUACAAAUGAUUGGGAGAGGUUUGAGGUUGCAUAAGGAGAAAACGCAUUGCCAUAUAGUAGACAUGGUUGAAUUGACUAGGCAGGGAAUCGAUAUCAAACCGACACUCGAGGGUGAAAACUUGGUGAAUUCAAGGAAGAAAAUGUUGGAGCGUGAUGAUGAAUCGGACUUGACAGUGCCCUCACCGCAUGCGCAAUUGUCGAGCAAGGACAGAGAGAUUGCUAUAGCUAGGAUCUUGGAGUAUCACAAGAAGGAGAUUUUGACGCUUGAUAAGCGGCCUGAGAUACUUCAAACGCCAGCAAUUUGGUUUCAAGAUCGAGAAAUCGUCGACAAGGUAAUGCUUAGGAACAAGCAUCCCUGGACGAUGAUAGAAGCAAGCAAAACCUGGGGACUACCCGGAUUGCACGACUCUUAUUUUAUAUUGAAACGAACAAUGUACAAAGGGGAGAGGACGUUUGAAGUGCUGCGUCACAGCUUUCUGAGCUCGCUAGGGAGCGUCGUUUACAGAGGCGCCAAUUUACUCAAAGUAUUUGCCGAAUUGCAGAGAAGGUACAGUGAUCAUUUGGACUAUGCUGAGAAGCGCAACUCUUUUGCUCGGAAAGCAACACCCAAACAAGUUGGUUGGAUAAUGGCCAUGAUGGAGCAUAAAAUUGGUUUUUAUAUGCAGAGAAAGGGAGUUGACGUAAGCAAGGAAGAAUUUAAGGAGCUCAUUGCUGAGGUAUUGAAAGAUGAGAGACAAGCAAUAAUCUGCAGGUUCAUUUUUGCAUUAAGGCUCGGCGACAAUGACUAUGAAAAGAUGAAGUGUGCACAAGUUGUAAAUAACGCUGCAAAAAGAAUAAAUGACGAAACAAACAAGGAUACGAACACCGAGUUUGUCAACAAAUCAAAUCAUACCAACAACUGGGCAGUGUUGGUAUCGACGUCUCGUUUCUGGUUCAAUUAUAGACAUAUGGCCAAUGUUCUCAGUUUCUAUCGUACGGUGAAAAGACUCGGUAUUCCGGAUUCGCAAAUCAUUCUAAUGCUUUCAGAUGAUGUUGCAUGCAACGCAAGAAACGCAUUCCCUGGAACAGUUUUCAACAACAUGGAUCAAGCAUUGGAUUUGUAUGGGUCUAGUAUUGAAGUUGAUUACAGAGGGUAUGAAGUGACGGUGGAGAACUUUAUUCGUUUGUUGACUGAUAGGUGGGGCCCUGAACAGCCAAGAUCUAAGAGGCUUCUUACAGAUGAGAAUUCCAACAUUUUUAUCUAUUUGACAGGUCAUGGGGGUAACGAGUUUUUGAAAUUCCAAGACGCGGAAGAGAUUGGCGCACACGACAUUGCAGAUGCAUUUGCUCAAAUGCAUGAAAAGAAGAGGUAUAAUGAAAUUUUCUUCAUGAUUGACACGUGCCAGGCAAACACCAUGUACGAGCACAUCUAUUCACCCAACAUUCUUUGUAUUGGCUCGUCCAAACUUGACGAAAGCUCGUAUAGCCAUCAUUCUGAUUUGGAUAUUGGCGUUGCGGUUAUUGAUAGAUUUACCUUCUUUGCAUUGGACUUUCUCGAAAAGAUCAAAAGAGACUCUAAACAGACAAUGGACAAGCUUUUUGAGGUUCUCAAUUUCGAAAAUGUGCACUCGCACACGGGAAUACGAACUGAUCUAUUCAAAAGAAAUGUGAGUGAGGUUUUGUUGACUGACUUUUUCGGUAAUGUGCAGAAUAUUGCUGUGGACGUAGCCCCAAAGGACAUAUUGAAUGCUACGAAACAAGUGUAUCCAUCUACCACAAGUUUCCAUAUCCCAAACCAUUUGCGGCCAAGAGUAGAGGCAGAAUUUGGAAUCGAGGAAGAGGACUCCAAGCAACUUCAUUUGUCCAAGACAUCUUCAACUGUGCUAGGUUUCAGUGUAACAGGUCUAUUAUUUGGAUUGUGGAAGUACUUUUCUUGA